AUGGCGGCUUUCCUGCGUCUGCUCCUGGACAAAGAAGAGCUGCUCCUCACCCGCUAUGAUCUCAAGGUGCAAGCCACGCGCAGCCGCGGCGUCGUCGCGGAUCCGAAGGGGCUCGAUCUGCGCCUAGCAGCGUCCUCUCUGACGGGCCUCGGCCUCACGGAGCUGGGGGACGCGCAGGCCCUCUUGGCGCACCUCGACGGGCAGUGCGAUGCAGUGCUGGAAGCCAUUAACGCCUCACACUCGGAUGGUGAGCCCGCCUUGACGCUCCUUCAGUCGGCGCUGUCCAUGUCAUUACCGGCACAUGCCAUCACGGCCAGCAAGCCGCCAGUGGCCUUCGGCUAUCGCAGGCUGUCGGAACUCGCGGCCACACAUGGGCGGCGGUUCCUGUUUGAGUCCAGCGUGAUGGACGGGGUGCCCGUCUUCUCCCUCCUCCGGCAACUCCCGGGAGCUUGCGUCCGCCGGGUCUCGGGCAUUCUGAACUCCACCACCAACCUGAUCCUCACGCGGAUGGACUCCAUGGGAUCUUCCUUGGAGGAGGCACUGGCGUUCGCGCAGGAACAGGGCAUCGCCGAGCGGGACCCGUCCGACGAUCUGGACGGCAAGGAUGCGGCUAUGAAAAUCUGCUGCCUCUCCGCUGUGGCUUUUCGUCGUGACCUCGACCCUGCCCAGGUCGCCAAAGACAGCCUCCGCGGCAUCACGCUGUCACAGGUGCGAGCCGCCACAGCUCGGGGAAAGGCUCUGAAGAUGGUCUGUGAGGCAGAGCUUGUGGACGACGAAGUGCGUGCUGCAGUGUCCCUGAGGGAGCUGCCUUUGACCGACCCGCUCUGCGGCCUGAAGGGCGCGUCUGCGGCUGUCACCGUGGAGACCGAUGUCCUUGGUCCAGUGACGGUGACCUCCACGAACCCCACGACCUUGGACACGGCCUACGGCCUGCUGCAGGAUCUCCUGACGGCCGUGCUCGGCGACGGCCAGGGUCUUCGGUGUUAA